ACACCAAAUGAGUGACACUGAAGCCAGCGACCCGAAUAAACAAAACCCGCCACAAUCAAACGCGUCAUUCUCAAUCCGAAAACCCGACUUCAAAACCCCUCAAACACUCCACAAAAAAACAUUCCCACACUAAAAAAUGGAUCCGAUAGAAGCCGCGAAGGAGCUCUCAUUCCGGGUCGGGUUCUCCGGCCACAGCGGCCACAUCAGGCUCGAGCUUCUCUUCACCUCCGAGCGCUCCGACCCCGUCAAGUCUCUCCCCGAUUUCGUUCUGCCGCCUGCAUUUGCUAGGGAAACGCCGGAGUCGAUAAAGGAGUAUAUAGGGGAGACAUAUCUGUUGCCUAGAUUGGAUUCCGAUGUAUUUUCACCGGAAAAGGCCAGGAGGCAGUGGGAUUUCGACUGGUUUGACAGGGCGAAUGUGCCGUUGGAGCCGUCGUUGCCGCGGUGUGUUGUUGUUCCUACAUGGGAGUUGCCGUUCAGGUGCCAGAAGAAUGGAUCAGAAGGAGAAUGGGAGCCCAAAUCUGUGCAGGUCGAUGAAACAGAACUUACUGUAGAAGCACAAGAGUCUGGUUCAUUGCCACGCAUGGCCGGACCAGCAAAGGAUUUUGUACGCGGAAGCAUCAGCAACCGUCCUUUUCGUCCAGGAGGCUUGGAUGAUUCCCAAUCUCUAGAAAGAACUAUUCCUGAUGGUGUUUCUAAUGGCGAAUGGGUCCACCAACUUCUUAUUGGUGGCCCUGCACAGGCUGUUCCACCAAGUUUCAAGCAAGGACUGGACCUUGGUCCUCUCAAGUAUGAUAGCAUGUCGGGAAUUGACCUCACAAGUAGUUCUGAGAAAAGUCAGAUUCGUGUUUUCUGCGACAAAGCAUUUUCACGACGGAAGGGAUCCGAUAGGAAUUUACCUCAGGUUGUCAGAGUUCAAAACCUUCUCCAUAGAGGGAUUGGGGUCCAUCAUGCAGGACUUCUUCCAAUUGUUAAGGAAGUUGUUGAAAUUCUCUUUUGUCGAGGUGUGAUAAAGGUACUGUUCUCAACGACAUUUGCAAUGGGAGUAAAUGCACCAGCUAGAACAGUGAUUUUUGAUACUUUAAGGAAAUUUGAUGGCAAAGAAUUCAGACAACUACUACCAGGAGAGUACACUGCAGGCAGGAGAGGACUUGAUAAAAUUGGUACUGUGAUAGUAAUGUGCCGUGAUGAAAUCCUAGAAGAGAGCUAUUUGAAGCAUGUCAUAGUUGGAAGUGCAACCAAGCUAGAAUCUCAGUUUCGGCUUACUUAUAUUAUGAUCAUGCAUCUUCUUCGUGUUGAAGGUACCUAUUUCUUAAUAUCAGCCCCAUUCAUACAUUUUGGAUAUACUAGAUGGAAGAAGCUAAAAGUGGAGGACAUGCUGAAAAAGUUUGCUGAGUUCCAUGCUCAAAAGAAACUACCAGAUAUGCAGCAACUUCUGAUGCGAAAGCUUGCUCAGCCUACUAAAAGUAUCAAAUGCAUAAAAGGGGAACCAGCUAUUGAAGAGUAUUAUGACAUGUACUCAGAAGAGGAGAAGCUUAGCACAGAAAUAUUGGAUGCAGUAAUGCCGUCCCAUGUUGCCCAACAAUCUCUUACACCUGGAAGAGUGGUUGUCAUGAAAUCACAAUCAGCCCAGGAUCACUUACUUGGAGUUGUUGUGAAAGCACCUUCUUCUAGUAAUAAGCAACACAUCGUUCUAGGACUGAAACCUGAACUACCAGCAACAUUGCAAAAUCCCCGGGCUAGUGGUAACUUACAAGACACCAAAAACACUGAUUCUUCUCAGGGUUUCUACAUGGUACCAAAAUCUAAACGUGCUCUUGAAGAAGAUUAUUGUACCUCUGUUUCUUCUCGUAAAGGAUCAGGUGUCAUCAACAUAAAAUUACCACACCAAGGUGCUGCUUGUGGGGUGAGAUACGGGGUUAGAGGUGCUGACAACACAGACUUCUUAUACAUAUGCACUCGCAAAAUAAAGAUUGACCAAGUUAGACUUCUUGAGGACAGCACUAGUGCUGCUUACUCCAAGACAGUGCAAGAGCUAUUAGACACAAAAUCUGAUGGAAAUAAGUACCCUCCAGCCUUGGAUCCAUUGAAAGAUCUGAAGUUGAAAGACAUGCAUCUUGUGGAAACAUAUUACAAAUGGACCAACUUAUUGCAGAAGAUGGCAAAUAAUAAGUGUCAUGGAUGUAUUAAAUUGGAGGAGCACAUCAAGUUGGCUAGAGAGAUAAAGAAACACAGCGAGGAAGUUAAUGCUCUCAAGUAUCAAAUGUCAGAUGAAGCACUUCAGCAGAUGCCAGAUUUUCAAGGCCGGAUUGAUGUUCUGAAGGAAAUCGGAUGUAUAGAUGCUGACCUUGUUGUUCAAAUAAAAGGUCGUGUCACAUGCGAGAUGAAUUCUGGGGAGGAGUUGAUAUGCACUGAAUGUUUGUUUGAGAACCAGCUAGAUGAUCUGGAACCAGAAGAAGCUGUGGCAUUAAUGUCUUCUUUUGUUUUUCAGCAGAAGAAUACUUCUGAACCUUCACUUACCCCUAAACUUGCUAUGGCGAAAGAGAGAUUGUACAAUACAGCAAUAAGACUAGGCGAGCUGCAAGCUUACUUCAAACUUCCAAUUAAUCCCGAGGAGUAUGCCAAAGAGAAUCUAGGACUUGUUGAAGUCGUUUAUGAGUGGGCAAUGGGCACACCAUUUGCAGAUAUUUGUGAACUUACAGAUGUUCCUGAAGGCAUGAUAGUGCGCACCAUUGUUAGACUUGAUGAGACAUGUCGUGAAUUCAAGAAUGCUGCAUCUAUUAUGGGUAAUUCUGCUCUGUACAAGAAAAUGGAGACGGCUUUAAAUGCAGUAAAACGUGACAUUGUUUUUGCAGCUAGCUUGUAUGUAACAGGAGUAUGACUGCUUCCUAACUUGAAGGUACAAAUCUCCAGUUCCUCCUUGUACAUACCAUGUGGAAGGAUCUGGAAAUGAGCCAUACCUUGUUGUAUAUUAGUGAAUCCUGAAUUCCAUUAAAGUGCUCAAUGUUUCUACCCUUA